AUGGAGGACCGAUUGCUCGCUAGACCAAAACGCAUGAAAGAUGAAAAUGAAGAUGAUCUAAUGGAAUUUCAAGAAAAUUUUCGGCGAUCAACCAUGGAGCCAGCAGCAAAAGUUAUUCGGGUUGAAAAGCAAAAUGAAGAACAGAAAUCUGUCAAUCACCAGACAUCAGUAAAUAAAAAUGAUGCUGUUUUUGAUUUGAGUAAAACAACCGUUAUUCGUCCUGUUAUUAAAGAACGUGAUGUUACGGCUGUUCGUAUUACAGAGCCAAAACUCGUCAAUGAUGCUUUUCCUGCCGUUCAUCAUCGUGGUAAUCUUGAUAAUAUUACGGUAACUCAAGUAAAGAAAUCAUCCUUAUUUGCUAAACAAAUGCAACGUGAUGGUAAACUGAAAGUGGCUCAAGAUCUAAAUAAAAUAACAAGCGUUCAAAGGACAUCACAAAUACAACAGCAACAACCAUCAAUGAUAUUAAGUGGAGCAGGUCUGGGAGAAGUAACUGGUAAACGUGAAUUACAACGUAUACACGAAGAAAAUGUAGAACGUUUACAAUCGAUGAGUGAAGCGGAAAUAUUAGAUGAAAAGGAAAAAUUACUUAAUACACUAGAUCCAAAACUGGUUGCAUUUAUACGAAAAAAGAAUAAACAACAAGCAGCAAACAAUGUGCAAGAAGCUAUGAAAAUGGAUAUAGACGAAACUGAACAAAAAAAUUCAUUUGACUCACAAAACUUAUUACCAGUUGAAACAGAUACGAAAUGGUUGCAUAUGGAUAAAGUAGAACAUGAUAAACUUGAAUGGAUGAAAGAAAUUCAGGCACCAUCUGUGAAUCAUGGAGAAAAUAAUAUCAAUGGUGUACCUGCUCGAUUUGAUUUUAAAGGUAAUUUAAUAUCACGUUCAGAGGUUAUACCAGUGACAGCAUCUUUACAUCAUCAUGGUGAUGAACCUGAAGCGGCUGGUUAUACACUAGAAGAAUUAUUCCAUUUGGCACGUAGUACCAUUCUUCAACAAAGAGUUAUUGCACUUCAAACAUUGAGCAAUAUUAUCACACAGGCACAUAGUGGUAUUUAUGAUGCAGAACUUCAUACGUCUUUAUUACCCAUACUUAUCGAAGCCGGCCUAUUAUUCGUUAUACGUUGGGCAAUGGAUGAACAAGUGGAUAUUAUUUAUAUGACAGCAAUUGAAUGCAUGGCUAAUUUGAUUGCACCAAAAUAUGAUGAAGUAAAAUUGAUUCAAUUGAAUUAUUGCCGUUGUAUCUUCAAAGGAAUGUUUCUUUUUCAGGAUGGGUUAGACAAAACAAUUUAUUGGCCAUGUGGUUAUCUACAGCCAGCGUUAACACCGAAUAUUGAUUUUGGCGAAAAAAGAGUUGAAUCCGAUUUAACUGAUAUUGAAUUACUACAGCAAGAUAUUAUCAAAUGUCUUUUACGGAUGAAUAUAUUCAGACGUCUCUUAUAUCUUCUUGAUCGCAUGAAACAAUUAUCGUCAUCAAGCAAUGUUGUUACACCAGUUAAGCGUUCAUUUGAUAUUUUGAUACGAAUAGCUAGACACUCAAUGCAUUCUGCCAAUGAGAUCUUAAACGACAAGCAAUUAAUGGAUUUUAUUUUUCGAGAAUUUAUACCGGAAACAUUUACAAUGGAUGUUCAAACAAGUUUAUAUGGAUACCCGUUGAAAGAAGCAUUGAAAUUAUGUCGAGUUAUUAGUUUAUCCGGCGCUCCAAUGGCAUCUACAUUAAUCAGUCAGUAUAAUAUUCAUACUCUAUUACACACCUAUAUAGCAACGAAUCUUAACUGUGUACAUAACAAACUAGAAAUGGAUAUUAUGAUUGAAUUAUUAGCUCUUUGGCGAAUAUAUCUGCUGUACGGAUUAUUGUCCGAAGAUUCUAUUUCGCUACUUUCGAUGGUAUUUCUACCAUCAUGUCAAACAUUUAUACAACAAUUACCGCACACAAUUACUUCCACUCUUCUUUUACACAUUAUAAGUCUAUUUGAUGCAUUAAUGUUCAAUUCAAUGAAAUCAUGUUUGAUCAAUAAUGCUGCUAAUCAAAGUCGUCGUAAUCCUUCGGAACAGUCGACAACAAUAGUUUAUAUUCAAUCUGUCAAUUGGUCUUAUGUUGAUGGCUUAUUUGAUUUGAUAUUAUCGACUGGAAAACAAAUUUUAGCGUUGAUUACAACAGAUAAAACGCUUGAUCCCGAUGAACUAACUGUACUUGACAAUCUUCUUCUUGUUUGUAUGUCUUGUUUGGCAUCAUUCAUAAUUGGACAACAAACACUUGCAAUUAAUUUAAUUGAUUUACGAUCUAAAGCUCAACUUGUACAGACACACAUCAUUGAGCCAGUUCUGCAUUUAUUUCGUACAAAAUUGUUGGAUUCAAAGCUUAUGUCAAUUAAAAAUGGAAUAUUUACUCAACCAUCGAACAGUAUGAUGAAUUUGCCGACAUUGAUCCAAACAGAAUUAUCAUCUUCAAUACCUUUUGGAUAUUUGACAGCCGUGUUACGUUUGAUAAAUGCUGUUUAUACAAUUGAUAAACAAGCAAUAUCGAAAUAUUUAGUAAAACUAUCAUCAGCUUCGGCUAAAUUUGUAUCCUGGUUUGAACGUUUUGAACAUAUAUUUAUCUUCUAUCUGAUGCAGACACUUUCGCAAGAACAUGAAUUAUCAUCAACUUAUUACGAAGUAUUAUUCCUGAUGAUGUCUCAUUUGCUUCAUGGACAUUACUAUUUGGCGCAAGAAAUUCUAAAACUAAUACUUGCCGACAAAGCAUAUUGGAAGAAAAGGGAUACAGUCGAGAUUAAUGAUAAUUUACACGAUCUCAAGUUAGAUGAGCAAUCUUCUCGUACGAUUUGUCUAGCAUCAAAUGAAAUAAUUAUUAAUUCUUCAGCAAAAGACUCUGUCUUGUAUGAAGAUUCUAUUGAUUAUUUACAAUCAUUGUAUUAUCAUUAUUUGAAUAUCCUCAAAGUAAAUCGACAGACCGAUAAUGAUAAUCUGCUACUGUCAACAAUUGAUGUUCAUUAUGCACUAUUAAGUGAAGUAAAACCCAAGUUAAUUGCUCGAUAUAUGUAUUCAUCAAAUUCAAAUAUGUUUAUUGAUCAUAAUUGGUUUUAUGGUUUGUUACCGUCGUAUUAUGCCAGAGCAAUUGAUGUUGUUGAAGAAGAACAGAAACUUGGAACAGUAUUAAGUACAUUAAGAUUUGUUUACAUGUUAGAAAUGAAAAAAUGUUCACUAUUAAAAUUGGUCAAUAUGACCACACGUUAUUCAAUGAUAGCUGGUAUUUAUUUACUUGGCUCAAAUAUAUUCUUGAACAAAGAUGUUGUGCAAUAUAUGACGGCAUUUUUGAAUUUGUAUAAUGACAAUGGUUUAUUACAAAAAUUAGAUACAAAGACAACAGUUCAAUCAUUAAUGACAUUUUUUGAUUUUUUUCGUCUGCUAGUGGAUCAAUUUGAAGCGUCGUCAUUUGGUGAUGUUUUAUUUUCAUGUUAUCUAUUUAUACCGUUACAACAGGGGUAUGAUGUGCAGUUACGCAAAAUAGUAUGGAUUGAGCAUGCAACAACGUUAAAAUUCUUACGAUUAAAACCAAAUGAGUUACUGAUACCAUUACAGACGUAUUUUUAUCCGGCUGAAACCGAUAUUGAACUAAUUAGUUGUUAUGCACAAGUACUUAUUCGUGAACAUAUUAAGAAAGAUGUUCAACCUUUACUACACAUGAUUGCUGUUCAUCAUUUGAAUAUAUUCAUAUUUGAUCAAACAAGUGAACAUAAACAAUUGAAAUCUUCUAUACUAAAAUGGAUUCGAGACAAAAAUGAUCAAUCAUUGUACGAUGAUAUUAUUAAUUAUAAAACAUUUUCAACAACCGGCAUUAUUUCUUAUACAGUACUUCCUCAACUUCGAACAAAUUGGUUAAAUGGACUAACUAUUUGA